AUGUCCUCAAAACCAACAAUCCUCAUAACAGCCGCUGGUGGCCACAUUGGAUCAGAAUUGAUCCCUCUUCUCCUUAACGAACACGUCAACCUCGUCCUCCCAACAUCAAACGCCAGCCGUCUACAAACAAAAUACUUCCCCUCCAGCAACACAACACCUUCCAAUGUCUCAAUCGAAGAAGGCCCAAUCACCGAUCCCCACUGGGUAGAAUCCAUCCUCAAAACCCACAAAGUCACCUCCGUCUUCCUCAACCUCAUCGGCACAGACGAGCUCCUCACAACCCUCAACUUCUUCGACUCCAUGCAGCGAGCCGGCACCGUAAAGAAUCUCGUCUAUGUGUCAGCUUGCGGCGAUUUCGCAGAUACGUUCGAAGGCUUCAAGAAAACCCUCACAAGCAAUUCUGCUGCUCAUGUUCUUGUCAAACCUCUGAUCGAGUAUAAAUUACUUCUGUCGGAGUAUUCUUGGACGACGACGAGAUUGGGUCCCACGAUGUUUUUUGAUAACGAUAUUCGUAGGAAGGAACGAAUUCGAGAAGGAUUUUUUGAUGAACCGAUUUCGGAUUUCCUGGGAAAGGGGCAGAGUAAAGUUUCUUGUGAAGAUAUAGCCAUUAUCGCUAGAAACUCCCUUCUCGAUCCGAAACGUUGGGCAGGUAAGAAGAUUAUGAUUGGAAGUCUUAAGCGAUAUUCCGGUGCAGAAGUUGCGGGGCUUUGGAGCGAGGCUGUUCUUAAUGGAAAGGAGAUGAAGAGAAUUCUUGGAGGUAAUGCUAGGUUGGAGAAUUAUGAGGCCAAGGCGGAAUUUCCUUUACAUGGGAGUUGGGCUUGGCCGAGGGAUUUGAGGUUGAUGUAUGAGACUUGGGCGGAAGAUGGAUUUGGGAUGACCGAGGAGGAGUAUGCUGUUCAGGUUGAGGCUCUGGGGAGGGAGCCGAGGAGGUAUGAGGAUUGGGUUAGGGGGAAAGGGAGGGAGUUGGUAUUGGAGAAGUAG